CUCAUUCUCGCGGGAUCCUUGCAAGAGGCGGCCGCUGGGGCCGCUUGAAGGAGCGAGCACGCAAGCCGAGCGGGGGGGCGGGGCGUGCGGGCAGCCAUGGCCGGGCAGCAGUUCCAGUACGAUGACAGCGGCAACACUUUCUUCUACUUCCUCACCAGCUUCGUAGCCCUCAUCGUUAUCCCCGCCACCUACUACCUGUGGCCGCGGGACCAGCACGCCGAGCAAAUUCGUUUAAAGAAUUUAAGAAAAGUUUAUGGAAGAUGCCUGUGGUAUCGAUUGCGAUUGUUAAAGCCCCAGCAGAAUAUAAUUCCUACAGUAAAAAAAGGUGUGUUGCUUGCUGGAUGGGCACUCUUUUUGUUUCUUGCUUACAAAGUGUCCAAAACAGACCGAGAAUAUCAAGAAUACAAUCCAUAUGAAAUACUACAGUUAGACCCAGGUGCAACAGUGUCAGAAAUUAAAAAGCAAUAUCGUUUGUUAUCGCUGAAAUACCAUCCAGAUAAAGGUGGCGAUGAAGUUAUGUUUAUGAAUAUUGCUAAGGCUUAUGCAGCUUUAACUGAUGAAGAAUCUCGAAAAAAUUGGGAAGAAUACGGCAGCCCUGAUGGACCACAGGCUACAAGCUUUGGAAUUGCACUGCCAGCUUGGAUUGUGGAUCAGAAGAAUUCUAUUUUGGUUUUGCUGGUUUAUGGAUUAGCAUUUAUGGUUAUUCUUCCAGUGGUUGUAGGUUCUUGGUGGUAUAGAUCAAUUCGUUACAGUGGAGACCAGAUUCUCAUCCGUACAACGCAAAUUUAUACCUAUUUUGUUUAUAAAACCAGAAAUAUGGAUAUGAAAAGACUUAUAAUGGUUUUGGCAGGGGCUUCUGAAUUUGACCCUCAGUAUAAUAAAGAUGCAACAAGCAGACCUAUAGACAAUAUUCAAAUACCCCAGCUUAUCAGAGAAAUUGGCAGCAUUAAUUUGAAGAAAAAUGAACCUCCGCUUACUUGUCCGUAUAGCUUGAAAGCCAGAGUGCUCUUACUAUCUCAUCUUGCCAGAAUGAAAGUCCCUGAGACACUUGAACAAGAUCAACAGUUUGUCUUAAAAAAGUGCCCUUCCUUGCUUCAAGAAAUUGUAAAUGUAAUCUGCCAAUUAAUACUCAUGGCACGUAGCAGGGAAGAAAGAGAAUUUCGUGCUCCCUCAUUGGCUUCUUUGGAAAACUGCAUGAAACUUUGUCAGAUGACCGUCCAAGGGCUUCAGCAGUUUAAGUCUCCACUCCUUCAACUCCCACAUAUUGAAGAAGAUAAUCUCAGAAGGGUGUCUAAUCAUAAAAAGUACAAAAUUAAAUCUAUCCAAGACUUGGUGAGUUUGAAAGCUUCAGAUCGUCACAAUUUACUUCACUUUCUUGAAGAUGAAAAAUAUGAAGAAGUUAUGGCUGUCCUUGGCAGUUUUCCACAUAUCAUCAUGGAUAUAAAACCCCAGGUUUUGGAUGAUGAAGACAGUAAUAACAUCACUGUAGGAUCGCUAGUCACAGUUUUGGUCACCUUGACAAGACAGACAAUGGCAGAAGUGUUUGAGAAAGAACAGUCAACCUGUUCAGCUGAAGAACAGCCUGCAGAGGAUGGCCAAGGAGACCUUAAUAAAUCGAAGAAUAAAGGAUGGCAGCAGAAGAACAAAGGAGCAAAGAAGACUUCCAAAUCAAAGAAGAAAAAACUUGUGAAAAAGAAGCCAGCUCCUGCUCCUUUGAUACAAACAAAGCAGCUGAAGCAAAAACAAGCUAAUGGGGUUGCUGGGAAUGAAAUUGUCAAGGAUGAUGAUUACGAUGUUUCUGAUAAAGGAAGUGAAUCUGAAGAAGAUGACACCAAUCGGGAAUCAUUAAGUGAGAAAGAUGAUGGCAGUGACCGAGACUCUGACAGAGAACCAGAUGAAAAGCAAAGCAAGGAUGACGAAGCUGAGUGGCAAGAAUUACAACAGAGUAUACAACGAAAAGAACGGGCUCUCUUGGAAACCAAGUCAAAAAUAACUCAUCCUGUUUACACUCUCUACUUUCCUGAGGAAAAACAGGAGUGGUGGUGGCUAUAUAUAGCAGAUAGGAAGGAGCAAACACUAAUAUCAAUGCCAUAUCACGUGUGUACACUAAAAGACCAAGAAGAGGUAGAACUAAAAUUUCCUGCACCGGGUAAACCUGGAAACUACCAAUAUACCGUUUAUUUAAGAUCGGAUUCCUACAUGGGCUUGGAUCAGAUUAAACCAUUAAAGCUGGAAGUUCAUGAAGCUAAACCUGUGCCAGAAAAUCAUCCACAGUGGGAUACAGCAAUAGAGGGAGAUGAAGACCAGGAAGACAGUGAAGGUUUUGAAGACAGUUUUGAGGAAGAAGAAGAGGAGGAAGAAGAUGAUGACUAAAUAGUAUGACGAAUGAACUGUGUGAUACGGGAUAUCUCUACAAACAUGACCUGGGAAAAGAUAAAAACAGUGCAGAUGAACUGAAGAUUUUUUUCAAGUUUCUUUUUACCAAUUAUGAAUACUUCAUGUAAUUUCCCAGUGGAGGUCUGUCAGUCAGUUGGGUAUAUAACCUGGGAGGUGCUUAAGGCUCUUCACAGCCUUUAAGUAUAGGAUGCAUUUAUUCCAACUGAAAAUAAAAGCUUUUUUAUUCUAAAUGUCCAGAAGUGUGGGCUACAUUGUUUGAUCAACUUUUGGUCCAGUAUAGUAACAGAUCCUAUUAUUAAAUGGAAGCAAUCAUUAAACCAACAUUUCAUAUUAGGCAAUUUGUUUUACAAGUUCUGUUGAAAUUAACAUCCACUUGAGUUUCUAUGUUGGGAAAAUCUGCGAGAUCUUUUUCAGUGAUGUUAAGAACAUUGAGCUAAGAUUGCUUAUAGCUUUCAGUCUAUUUUGUUUGCUUUGGACUUGGUAUCUUACCCUGAGAGGGGUACAUUCCAUAUUGUCACACACAUAGGCUUAUUUUUUGAGACUUAAAUCUACCUUUAAUGGAGGGGAGUUAUUGCCUCUAAUUUUCAUGCAGGUUAUAAAUCUAUAUUUCUCAAUGGCUAAAAAUAUGUCUAAGCACCUACUAUCUAGCAAAUCAUACAGUAUUUCUUUUGAUAAACCUGUAUGUAUAUUAAGAGUUUGGGGACCAUAUGUUAUAUCAAGCAGUGGCAAUAUCCUUUUCUAAAUAUAAAGAUAUCAAAUCUAUAAUUCUUGGCUUUCAGUCUACUUUAUUUUGUCAGAAGCCUUUUAAAUCAGACACACUGACACACUAAGAUAUGUUUUUUGUAUUUAUUCAGAACCAUUCAAAAUAAACUGGAUUAAAUUUGAUAAAAGUAUACAUUGUAAUAGUUCAUUUUUCCUCUCUACUGAGGAUAUUAAUGUGGACUAUAUUCCCAAUACAGUUGGUUUUGAUUAAAUAUAGAUCACAAGUUUUCUUGUGAAGGAGAAGCAAAAUCUUGCAAUAAAGUCUACUGUUUCUUCCCAUGUAAUAAAUACAAUUAUUGAUGUGGUAAGGAACUGUAGAAAUACAUUCAGAUGUCAAUCAUGUAGAAAGAUUUUUUUAUAAUUAAAUGUUAAAGAACUAUACAAUUAAAAUACUGUAAAACCCUUGACAAAAAAAUGCUCAUGCAGGAAGAUUUUCAUAGAACAGAAACCACCCACAGGCCAAAUGAGCUGCUCCUUUAUUUGUGACCCUGUUUAUGAAAUAAUAGACUGUCACUUUCAAUGCAAACUUACAUGGAUAUUUCUCUUUGUAAUUGCAGUAGUUGCAAAUAAAAUUUAAAAACAUC